AUGCAGGCACCCUCUGACCCAACUCUCAAGCUAUUAUAUGAAUUUUUGAUCAAGAAAGAGGAAGAAAAAAGAAUAGAUUUCCCUCCAGAUCCAGAGUCUGCAAAACCAACAUUGCAGGAAUCUUGGGCUGCAAUUACAAAGACAGUUGUUGCUUUUGAUGAGGACAUGGUGGGGGGAUAUAAAGAAGAUAUUGACACACUUCUAGUUUUUGCUGGUUUAUUUUCUGCAGUUGUCACUGCUUUUACAAUAGAAUCAUACCAGUGGUUAAAAGAAAAUCCUCAAGACACCACUGUUACCCUUCUACAACAAAUCUCUUACUGGCAGAUGAAUGGCACUGCUCUACCCCAACCCCCAACAUUUACCCCCUCCUCCUCUGACAUCCGUAUAAACACAUUCUGGUUCCUUAGCCUCAUCAUUGCUCUGGUUGAUGCUCUGUUUGCACUCCUCUGCAAGCAAUGGGUUCGUGAGCAUAAACGUCAAAUCAAUACACGGACACCAGGCCAAGCAUUAGCCCUCAGAUGGUUGCGUUACCAGAGCUUUGAGAGAUGGCAUGUUCCCAAAAUCCUUGCUUCUCUCCCCAUCUUGCUGGAAGUUGCUCUCUUCCUGUUUUUUACAGGAGUAUUGGAGUUAUUAUGGAGCCGACAUCCUAUUCCAUUUGGAUUUGCACUGUUUGUUGUUGGAGCAGCCAUGCUUUUCUACUUUAUAACAACCUUCCUUCCUGGCAUCAGUAUUGUCCAACAAGUCCUCCAAACCUAUCCAUAUUUUGCUCAAGACUGGUCAUUCCUUCAGCCAAAGGAUAUAGAUUGUCUACCAUUAAUCAAUUUUGUAUGCCCCUACAAAUCUCCCCAAUCAUGGCUUAUGUUCCAGCUCCUUUCUGCUACAUAUCACCUUCCAUUUUGUAGACGGUCUCUCUUCUCUUUCCUUUGCUGGUUCCAUCAGUACUGGAGCAUCUCUCAAGAUGAUCUCAACAAAAUCAUAACAAAAAAUGUCUUAAAACCCUCCAGCUGGACAACACUUGACCUGAGCAUUGUUGAGCGAUUCUCAAGGAUUGCAUACUGCCCUGACCUCUAUGAACUCAUGGGCUUUCGGUGGCUAGUACAGGAGACUUGUGACAUUCCAUCUAUGUUACCCCAUCUGCAGAAUGUGCUGGAUGAACUACCCAUCCAUUUAGUCAUGCACACCAUUUUUGAUUUAUGGGGUUCACCAGUUGGAUUCAACCUAAACAAGUCUCUGAAAGGUUUCUCAGUCACCAGGAGUGACAAUGAUUUGUUUGGUGAUCAUUUGUCAACACAUGAUUUGAACCUUGCUUUCCAGAUUUUAUGUUUCCAACACUUGUUGGUUACUUUCGAUCACAAUUUCCUUACACACACCUUCCCCAAGCAAGGAGCAACACAUCUUUGGCAUUGUCUCAAGGAGUCUCAGAGUAGCCAAUUUAAUCAGGCCUUUUUCUGUCCUGACACAUUACUCUUGGCUUUACACAAGGAUUGGCGCAAAGAAGCAUUGGACUUUCAUAUGCAGCACUGGGAUGAAUUGGAUUAUAAAAGCCAACUUGAUCUGAUACAGAGGUUGACCAGGUCCAUCCUCUCAUUCAUAAAAUUGGGGAGGGAUAUAGGGUCAACAACUUUAGCAUCCAACAGUGGUCUUGAUUUCCUCAUGUUCUUACACAACAAAAUAUGUGGAAGAAGAAAUUUCUUCCAAUUGCGUUCACAGCAUGAAGGAUGGAUAGAGGUAUUGAAACACUUACGAAACAUCCAUGGGCUGCCGCCUUCUCAUUUCAAACCUGUUCUGGGUUAUUUUCCACCAUUCAUGGAUGAGCUUCGUGACCUCUUGAAGGAUGCAUCAACACCUCCAUCUGUCCUUGUACCUGUGUUGGACUCCUAUGAGAAGUGUUGGGACAGAGUUGAUAAAUUAUGGGAGAAGAAAAAAUUGAUUUUGAUGCUGUCCACUCACAUACAGCAUGCUUCACAUUCACUCAUGCUGAAUAUCCUCAAUCCAGAGUCAGCAAACAAAGACAGUUCACAGGAACCUCUCCAUGCCCCACCACCCUCUUCCAUAAUCUUCUCAGAACAGGGGUUGGAUUUCCUAACAUUUAUCAACAAGAAAUUGAUCGAAGAACCUGAAUUGGUUCACUAUUGCACCUAUACUGCCAUUCAGCGAUGGGUGAAUGCUUUGGAUUGUAUACAUGACCUUCGUUCAUUUGAACCUAUACCCAAAUAUAGAAGGUGGACUGGGGAAUCUUUGGGUUGGUGGAAAGCAGAGAGAACUCACACUGGAGUGGAAGCAGGAGGGAAUCCUGAAGGAGAUGGAAGCAAUAGGAUUGAAGAUGAUGGGAUUAGGAGCACAGAUGCACCCACUUUUGGUACUAGCAGAGGACUACACACUGGGAAUGUGGCAGGGUCUAUGGAAGCUGUUGGGUAUGAAAAGGAUGAUAGCAAUGCAGGGGACAAAGCACGGCUAUCCUCUCAUAAUAACAAACAACCAGGAGAUGGUACAGAAGCUGUCAGAACUUGCAAUACAUUCUCCCAAACUAGCAGUGGCAACGAACACCACAGCAAAGCAGACAUAACAAAGGGAAAGGGAAAGGACCCAUACAAUCACAUUAGGCAGCGGCGUAAAAGUGAAGAUGAACAUGAGAUGUUUGGGGGACCAGAUGCCGAAAACAAUGUUUGA